ACGAUCGAAAGGUUGAUCGCAGGAGGAAGCACCUGCCAACAUUCUUACCUUGAACCUUACAGUUUUCAUCAAGCUCGUUCAGAUCCAGUCCGGAGUCCACCAGAAUCAUCCAAUCUCACCAUAUAUCUUUACAAGAUGCAGAACAAUAUGGAACAAGUAUCAGGAACCGCCUCUUCGCUCAGUGCGAUCUUGCAGAAGAUUAGCACUGAUCUCGAGCACGAGUCGACACUCAAGGAGAGCAUCAAGGAAAGCUUGCAGCCGCUCGAUACUGUCUCGAGGAAUGUCACCGCUCUGCUGAACCGUAGUCACUCUACUCCCGGCGAUCAACUCGAGAACUUGGCUCAGCAGGCGCUCGAGCAGAUCAAGGCUUCUGCGUCGCAAUGGGAAUUGGUCGCAGCGCGUAUACCGAACGGCGAAUACCACAAGUACCAAUAUCAACCUUCGUUUAUCCUCAAGUCCUUUACCACCUCGAUCACCCUUUGUUACUUCCUUCUCCAUGACGACCUUGUGCCAAUCGAGACGGUGACAUCUACCAUCGGCAUCAAGCCGGAGUGGAACGAUAGGAUCCAGCUCUCGCCGGACGACUAUCUUCAGGGAGUCAUCGGUGCCUCAAAUGAGUUGGCUCGCUUGGCUAUGAACUCGGUCACCCUUCAGAACUUUGCUCUACCCCUACGUAUAGCUUCCUUCGAAAAGGACCUCUUCGCCGGAUACUCCCUCCUCAACCUGCGAAACGAUACCUUGAGGCGACGAUUUGAUAGCCUAAAGUACGACGUCAAGCGUUGCGAAGAUGUGGUGUAUGAUAUCACCCUUCGAGGAUUGACUCCCAAGCAGUAAAGCUGUCACGACAGCUCGCGGCUGUUUCAAAAUCGCAACGAGCGAGAUCGUGACAUGCGCGAUAUCGCGAUAUCGAAAUCUCGGCUUUUCGCCAUCACUCGUCUCCUGUCCUUGUCUUUCUCAACUGUAACUCCUACCUAUGCAUAUAUCCAGUAUGAUACUUAUCAAGACGG